CGCGGGCGGGAUGCGGCGGAGGGAAGGUCCCGGCGCCCCCCCCGCCGCCACCAGCCUCCCGCCGCUCGUCCAGGGCCCGCCGCGCUGCUUCCUCCGCUGCACCGUGUCCAGGGUGGUCUGGGCGGCCCCAAAACCGCCCGUCGUCGUCCGCCUGAGGUGGUGGGGGGAAACCUCCGGCGGCACCUUGUUCCAGCCCGCUUCCCGGCCCGGGCGUCCCGCCGGGAGAACCACCGCCCGCUUCCCGGUGCGCUGCGGGCCCCGGCAGUUCGCUGCGUACUUGGCAGAUAUGGGUGUGCUUGUCCUGGAGGUUCUGACCAAGCUUGACCACCUCCCCAUUGGCAAAGUGCAGAUCACCAAACUGUCCCAGCUCUCUCCCAGCCAUCCCAUCAAAGGGUCUUUCCCCUUGGUAUCACCAACAUCUGCUAAACUCGGAGAGCUGCAGGUCUCGCUGGUUCUAGAACCUCUGCCAGAAGUGUACGACACCAGCACCACCACAGAGGGAAGUCUGGACCCUGCUCCUGCUCAGGGAAGCAGCAAGUCCCAGCUUACUGCUCCAUCCCAGCAGCCCAGGCACACACAGGUGGCUGUUGCUGACCCAGAGUCUGUUGACAACAGCAAAACCACAAGCCCCAGUAGAGGAAAGGACCAUUUGCUCUUCCAAGAGAACUCUGAAAACGUAAAGGACGCUCCUGCUUCUUAUCACCCUGGGAGUUUACCAGAUGAGCUUUGGAAAAUGAAUCCUUCAAAUCCUUCCCUGUUGUUUCCCCCCAGCACCAAUACUGGAAUGAACACACGGAUGCUCUCCAUGAACAACCCAGCUACAAAAGACCUGCUGUCAGCUCUCUUGGAUCAGGGCAGGAAACUCCGGGAUGCCAUGGUUGUCUCUGCAAUGAAAUCCAGCCCUGACAUGGAGAUUGAACUGAAUAAAGUGGCUCCAUUUAUGGAGAGAGAGGAUUUUAAAGCAUCAACAAAGAGCCCCAAAAGCUUGAAGUCCAGUUUGGUGCACCCUCCUGAAGAUUUCCAUCACCUUGAAUCUGCAGUUUCAGAGCAGCAAUUUGAUCUAAACUCUGAAGAAAGAGCAAUCCAGUUGCUGCUGGGCAGUGCUGAUUUCUCUCCGGGGCAUUUGUGGGAUCGCACAGGAUCCCUUUGGGAUUCCCUCUCUCUUGGGAGUGAGGUGUAUGACAGUGAACUGGAGGAUCCCCAUUAUGACCAGAGUCUGCUGGAGAGACUUUUUUACACAACUCCUAAAUCUGAUUCCAGUUUAAGUGAUUCCCUCAGUGAUGAUGAUGUUAAAUCCUCAAACAAAGCAUUGAAGACAGAAACUCUCAGGAAACCUAAUCCAGCAAAUCCACAGAAAGACUUUAAUGCCUUUGAUCAGAAUGUGACAGAAACUAAACCCAGGUGCUCCCCCACUGCUCCUCCAGAAGAUCACAUCACAUCCUUGGAUUCAGACAGGUUGGCAUUUCUGCAGCAAAUACACCUGGCCAGAGUCAUCAUUGACAAACUGAAAAUCCCUCUUAAGAGCAUCCAGAUUUACCAGAGGAAGAAAGAUUUAAUGGGAAAACCUCCACGACCUGCAUCUGUUAAUAAGUGCACUUUCUUUGUGGAGUACCACUUUCCCAUGAGAGUCUCCAAGGAUGAUAAGGGACAGGUCUCCAUAAAAACAGAAGUAAUUCGAGUAGCCUCAAGUAAAAUCACAGAUGAUGGGGUGAAAUUCCAACAGCGAUCUGUGUUCCCUGUCCGUUUUGGUGGAACAAUGAUAGAGCACUGGUGGGACUCUGACCUUGCUUUUAAAAUCUACAUGAGGAAAAGCACCCAGAAAAAGCCCGUGGCCAUUGGCUCAGCAGUGCUUCAGCUCCGCAGGGUCAUCCAGGCCAAGCUGCUCAGUGUCAGCUGGGAAAUACCUGUGGAAAAAGAGGGAGAUCACCCACAAGUUGGACCACUUACGGGAUUCUUAGAGCUUGCAGCCGACAACAAGGACUUCACCUGCACAGCUGCCAGGUCAGCUCCUGCUGGGCAUGGAGCCCUAGCUCAUGCUGUGAGAAGUCCCCAGCUGGAAUUCCAGGAGUCCAACAGGAUGAGUGCAAAUGCAGAAGGCCCUCACUGCUUGAAAACAAGCUCUGAAGAUUCCCAGAAGGGAGGAGUGGGCAGCAGGAAAGUCGCGGCCCAGGAUGUGCUGACCCAGAUAACCCCAUCUGAGGGAGAUGGGUUAUUGCUGCACGUGCUACUGAUGGUGCCUGAUGGGAAGGAUUUUAUUGCUGGAGACAAGGGGCUCCCCAGUUCUUGCAAUGUGUAUUUAAACUGCAAACUGCUCAGCACUGAGGGGGCAACGAGAUCCGCUGUCGUGUGGGGCUCAACACAACCUGCCUUCAAUUUUUGUCAGGUGAUGCCUUUUCCACUGAGUUCCAAACGUUUGGAGAGGCUGAAAGACAAUGUCAUGAUUAUUGAAGCCUGGAACAAGCUGGGAAGCACUGGCUGUGACAGACUGCUGGGAUUAGUGAAACUUCCUCUGCAUCAGUUUUACAUCUCAUUCAAAGACCCAAAGAUUUCCCACCUGCUCCUCCAGGCUCAGUACCCAGUGGUUGCUGUGGACAGUUACAUGCCUGUGGUUGAUGUUUUUACUGGCAGCACAAGUGGAAGCCUCAGAGUCAUCUUGGCAAUGGGAUCAGCUGAUCAAAUAAUGGCACUGCAAAGGCUAAAGAACGGAGAAGGAGUGGUACCUUCUGUCCCACAGCGUCCUUCCCACUCUCUGGACCCUCCUCCUACAAAACCCACAAUGCAGAUAGACCCAGAAGGAGAAGAUCUGAUGGAACACGUGUUUGAGAUCCAUGUGGAGAGUGUGAAAGGACUCACUCCCUUGCAGUCCACGGUCUGGGGAGAGGCCGACUGCUACGUCCAGUACCAUUUCCCGGUUCAGGAGGCUGGUUGUGCUGCACUGCAAGGCUCUGGAUUGCAUGAGGAUGGUAAAUUUGGCAUCAAAUUGAAGCCAUUUCGAACAGCAACCACUUUGUGUGUCCCUGAUCCCGUCUUUAAUGAUGAGCAUCAUCAUUCCCUGGUGGUUCCUGCUGAUGUCCCAGUCCAGAGGCUCCUGGUUAGUGUAUUUAUGGCCCCAGGAGUGGCUGGAGGAGGAAUCCAGUUUGAAGUCUGGUGCAGGUAUUAUUACCCAAAUGUCAGAGACCAGCUGGUGGCAAAAGGGACCUUGCCUUUGUCACGGCUCUGUGCCAUGGUAACUAUGCAGCAUCGGGAAGAAAUAGGGAUACAGACUUUUAAUCUUCCAUUGGUCCCCCGGACUGAUACCUCAGAGGAAUUUCAUCCACGGUCUUCAGGUUUGCUCGAUGUGAGUGUGAGAUACCAACGAUCCACGAAAAAAGCAGGAAUAACUGCUGAUGCCGUUUCUCUUUCUGUACACAUACACAGAGCAGCAGGUUUGCAAGCAGCAGCCAGAGCUGUGGCACAAAAGAACCCUGCAGUCCAGUACUAUGCAGGUGUGGGAGUGAAUUCUUAUGUCUCUGUGCUCCUCUCCUUCCUGCCUGAGACAGAGACACAAAACACACAAGCCGUGGCUUGUACUUUCUGCCCAGAAUUUGAGCAUCAUGUAGAGUUUCUUUGCAGCCUCAUCAUUCAGAAAAGCAGUGGAGAAUCCUCUAGUCUGGGGGAACUCCUGCAGUCUGGCAACAUCAUCUUCUCUAUCUACCAUCAGAACACCAAGUCAGCCACUGACAGAUUGGCUGAUCGGGCAUCGAGAGAUUAUCUCCUUGGGACAGUCACAAUUCCAACCAGAGACCUGCUGACAAGAAGAUCAGGUAUUUCAGGCUGGUUCCCAGUGACCCUCUCCAACAAUCCGAUGCCUCCACACUGCACAAACAUCACACAGGCCAUUGUGGGGGGGCUGGAACUUUCUGUUACCUUUGCUCAUUGGGGUGACAGAGAGCGUGUUUUGGAAACUGCUAAACUCCUGGGAUGGAGCAGUGAGGAGAUCCAUGAAGACAGCAUGGAGGAGAGCAAAGACUGGGAGCAGAGUGCCAACCCAGUGACUGUGACCAUCUCCACCCCAAGAGUGUGGCUGCCACUCCACUGUGUGCUGCUGGCAGGCCAGACACACCUCGAUAAAAGCACUUUUUGCUACCUCAGGUAUAAGCUGUACAACCAGGAAGCCACAUGGACUUGCCUUAGGCGGCCAAAAUUGAGCAGCGACGCAGAGAAUGUCACAGUGAACUUUAAGAAGCCAAACAAGGUGACGCUCAGAAGGAGCCAAGGGCUGCUGUGGUUCUUCAGGGAGGAGAAAUUAGAAAUCCAGGUGUGGUGGGCAUAUGGCAAAGAAGAUGAGGUGGAAAGACCACUUGAUACAGAUCGUCUGAUUGGAUCUGCCUAUGUCGACCUCGCAGCGUUGGCAGAGAGAUCAAGGAGAACACUAAGUGUUAGUGGGGUGUAUCCGUUGUUCAGAUGCAACGCUGCAGACCUGGCAGGAGCUGCUGUGCGUGUCCACGUCGGCCUCGCUCCCACUCCUGCUGCUCUGCCCAGUGGAAUUCCCUGUGCCCAGGAAUGCAGCAGCAGUGAGGAUGAAGGCACAGGGAAACCCCCUGAUCUGAGCCAGCAGGUCCCUGAAAAUCAGCAGCUGGAUAUUUUAAAUCCAGGAAUCACCAAUGGCAAACCACAGGAAGAAGAUGUGAUGUUUCUGGAAAACACUGUUGCUGUCAAUAUCCUUGUAGAAAGAGCAAUGCAUCUAAGUUUAAAAGGAAGUCCUUUGACAGAACGGGAAGUAACAGCCCCCAGUAGCUGUGUAUCAUUUGCUGUUGCUGGUGCAGAUGCUCCAAUAACUACUCCAGUAGUAGAAAAUACAGACUCACCAGUCUGGGACUUCCAGGAACAAGCCAGAUUAUCCAAAGAGCUUCUGCUGGAUCCACAGCAAACCUUGGUCUUCAAAGUGUGGCACAAAGCAGAGACUGAGCGAGUGAUUGGAUUUGCAUCCGUGGACCUUUCCCCUCUCCUUUCCGGCUUCCAGCUUGUGUGUGGGUGGUACAACAUCACAGAUUUCAGUGGGCAGUGCCGAGGACAGAUUAAAGUAGCCAUUUCACCUCUCCAAAACAUAAAUAAUCUCAAAGAAGAAAGACAGGCCAGGGCCCGAACCCAGCCAGAAAGUUCUUCUGGAAAGGCAAGCUUUCUACCAUUUCCUGGUAAUGCUGCAAACUUUUCUAAGAAGAUGCUGAAUUCCUUGUCAAAGGAAGUGAGUGUUUCUACCCAAGAGUGGGCUGUUUUUAGCAGGAUUAGUACGCCGGGAACACACACACCCCGUCAUGAAGAGCACAUGCAGAAUGUGCGCAGGUUCCAUGAAUCCCUGCAGCAGGAGGGGAACACGCGUCGGGCAGCGAGGCUGGACUCGGCAUCACCGUCAUCGCGUGUCGGUCUCCUCACUGCCCUCAGAAGAAACUUGAAUGAGCUGGAUGAGGUUCAAAGAUACUUCAGCCAGAAGCUGACCAGGUCUUUUCCUGACUUCAGUUACGGCAACACAUCCAAACCAAGCCAUAAGGAGCAGGAGAGGGACCAUCAUGGCUCCAUGAGCAGAGAAGUGGACCCCAAAGGAUGCCAUCUUUUGGAAAAAUCCAGUCAGUUGGUGUCUCAGACUUACAGACCAUAACUAAAAAUAGCAAAGAAGCUUCUGAUGUGCAUCCAGACAGCAGCAGGAAGCCAGGUGCUGUGGAUGCAUCCAGCUGGAAGGAGGAAGGAG